AUGGCGCAUACAUCGGUCGUUGGAAGCCCUCUUGUGACGCUGCAUGUGCUCGUGGAACGGCUGGCACAAUGCGACUUGGUCUACUCGGUUUCUAUCCUGUUCGCAUUGUGCCUGCUGACGAGCUGGAUCAAGACUUUCUGGAUAUUCAAGUCAAGAGCGCAGCAUGACGGUCCCAAAGUGCCUCCGUAUUGGCCCUAUACGGUUCCGAGUAUUGGGCCGGUCGUGACGACCUUGUCGUUUGCCCUGUCUCGGAACCCCGUGAACUGGGUGCUGUCUUCUAGCUUGUUCCAGCACGAGCACCCCGUACGGGUUCGCGUCAUAAACACAGACAUGUGUCUCACCCAAGGCCCCGACAUGGUCAAGGCCGUCUUCAAGAACUCGUGGACGUGCACAAUGGCCGUGCUGCACCGAUUCGUGCUCGGAAACGUCUUUGGCAUGUCCGGCGAAGCCCUCCAGCUCUACGACCUGGACAAGUCUGGCUAUCGGCACAAGCCCAUGGCCGCCACGGCCGUCGAGCCUCGCAACCGCAUCGACCACCUCACGUACGGGCCCAUGAUCAAGUUUCUAUCCGGCCCGGGGAUGAGGGCAUUCUGGAACCGAUACGAGAUGCAUCUGGCGCAGCGGCUCCGGCAGCUCCCCGUCGGCGCCGAGUGGACCGAGAUGCCGGACCUGACGCGAGUAUUCGAGGCGGACGUCUCCCACGCCAACACGGAUGCCCUCUGCGGCCCUUACUUGCUGCAGCGGCAUCCAAACUUCCUCGAGGAGCUGUGGAAGCUCGACCGUCAUCUCGACUGUCUCUUCCGGAGCACGCCGCGCGUAUUCGCACCCCGGGUCUACGCCCGCCGGGACCGGCUCCUGGCCUGCGUCAAGGACUGGCGCCGCCACGCGCAGCUCAACUUCCGCGACGACGCCGUCGACGAAAAUGGCGAUGAUCCGUUCUGGGGCAGCCGGGUGUUUCGCCAGCGCCACGCGCUGUUUUCCGACAUGGACCACAUGGACGCCGACGCCAUGGCGGCCGCCGACUUUGGCGUCAUAUGGGCGUCAACCCGCAACUCUGUCGUCGCCGGCCUCUGGGCCGUGCUCGAAAUCACCAGCGACAAGGACUUGCUGCGCAGGGUGCGGCGCGAGGUCGCCAAGUGCCGGGACUCGUCGCCGACGGGAAUCAACAUUGCCCUGCUGCUGGAGAACCCCCUGCUGCAGUCCAUCUACGCCGAGGUGCUCCGGCUGCGCGUGCACAUGCUCCUGCUGCGCGUCCCCCUCUUUGACAAUCUACACAUCAGGGAGUGGGUGGUGCCGCGCGGCGAUCUCCUCCUCAUGAGCACGACGGUCGCGCACAUGGACCCUGCGGUGUGGAACGCCGGUGAGGGCGGCCGGCAUCCCCUCGAUUCGUUUUGGGCAGAGAGGUUCCUCAGGUACGAGGGCGUGCCGGGCAGCGGGCCGAGGAGGACGGAUGGCAACGAGGCCGGCGGCUCGUGUCCGGCGCGGGGCGCGGGUCGGAGAGAGGAUGGUUGCCCGGCAUCGGCGGGCGGCGUCUCGUUUGGGAUCAAGGACGUGGACGGAUCUUGGAUCCCGUAUGGCGGCGGGCAGAGGCAGUGCCCGGGUCGGCAUUUCGCCAAGCGUGACAUCAUCUAUACCGCUGCCGUCAUGGUGACGUACUUUGACAUUGAGCCCCUGGUGGAUGUUGACUCGUUGAAAAUGGACAUGCGUGGCUUUGGUUUGGGCACAAUGGCUGUCAAGGGCGUUGUGCCGUUUAGAAUCAGGAGAAGGGAGGUCCUUGGUUGGUAG